UGCACAGUGCGCAUCCGCACUCUGCAGUCCCCAAACCCAAACCCUCCACCGUUUCGCCUGCUAGCUCCCCUGAUCUGCGCGGUGGCCAUGGCGGCGGCGGCGGUUCACCCUAGGGGAGCCAAGAAGACGAUAUCUCCCGAUGUCGACCGGAUCAGCCUCCUACCCGACGAGAUCCUCGGCGCCGUCAUCUCCUUCCUCCCCACCGAUGCCGCCGCGUGCACCGGCGCCCUCUCCCGCCGCUGGCGCCACCUCUGGGGCUCCUCGCCCCUCGACCUCGACGACCGCCACAUCCCCGGCCCCAGGGACUGCCCCGACCGCGCCGGGGCCGUCUCCAAGAUCCUCUCCGAGCACCAGGGCCCGGUGCGCCGCCUCCGCAUCGAGAGCAUCGGCGACCCCGACCUCGGCGCGUGGCUGCGGUCCCCGGCCCUCGACAAGCUCCAGGAGAUCGACAUCGAUGCGCCCAGGUACUCCGAUCCGCUGCCGCUGACCACGCUCCGCUUCGCGCCGGGCCUCCGCGUGGCCAGGUUCGUCGGCUGCUCGUUGCCCGGCGCGCUGGACGUCGUGGAUGCGCCGGCGUUUAGUUUCCCGCGGCUGAAUCAGCUCGCCCUGGUCUCCAUUUACAUGCGGGAGCGCGCCCUCCAUGGCCUUUCACCAUGCCGUACAUCACGGUAAUCUCGGCACCAAAGCUGGAGAUCUUGGGCUCAUUGGUAGACGACUUCUCUAGAUUCAGGCUACCGUCCACAGUUUCUCAGGAAAUGGUUGCUGACAACUUGAAAAUGUCGAUGCUCAGUGUGAAGGCUUUACAUCUCACAUCUUGUGGCCCUAAUCUCAAUUCAGUCGUUGUCUUCCUCAAAUUCUUUCCAUGCUUGCACAAGUUGUAUAUCACGGUGUUUUUCUUCUUUGGUGCCUUUUUUAGCAUUAUUAAUUUCUUUUCCACGUGUUCAUGUAGUGCCCUGCGAAUACUUGUCGCACUUUGACAUGUAAAAGUUUCUUAAAUUCCGGCCUACUAGGUAUUAACUUUGUAAAUCGUUUUAUACUCUUUUCAGACAUCUCCGCAGUCGGCCAUGGAAAAUGCGUAUCAGCUUGACCCACAAGAUCCUAUUGAAUGCCUUGACCAUCUCAGAGAAAUAGUGUUGCAGUGCUACGUGGGCAAAGAAACAGAUGUUAACUUUGCCAAGUUCUUUGUUCUGCAUGCUAAAGCACUCGAGUUGAUGAAAUGUGGUGUCAAUGAUGUAUGCACAGAGGAAUGGAGAGCUGAUCAGUACAGGCGUCUGCAGUUUGACUGUAGGGCUUCUCAGAAUGCUCAGUUUGAUUUUAGAUCUGAUUUUAGCCGUAGAAUUGCUAUAUGUUUCCAUGAUAAUCAGAUCCUGUCCAUGGCUGAUCCCUUUGAAAGCUCUUGCAUGCUUUGUAGAAAAGGUUGGUCAGUUUGAUGCUCCCAUGGUAGAUUUUCCCAUCUUUUCUUUUGUGCAAACAUGACAAUAUUUCUUUUAUAUAUGUAAUGCCUCCCAACUUCUUAUUAUGCACUUCUCUUAUUCA